ACGUAAAGGCAACGUGUCAGUGCGUCUGUGGCAGCGCUCUCAUGUUGACUUGCGUUUCUCUCGGCGCUUGUUCCUCCAUUUCCAGCAGAUUCCGCCUCUCGGAGUUUGAUCCGGCUCUCGGAGUUUGAUCCGGUUCUCGGACUUGAUGCUGAGUAACAGCCGGGAGACUCUCUGCGGCAACUGAGCUGCGGGCGGCGCGGCGUCCUGCGCCAUGAAUUUAGGCUCCAGGAACAAGAAGCGCACGGUGCUGCCCAGCCGGCCCGCCCCCCCCACCGUGGAGCAGAUCCUGGAGGACCUGAGCCGAGCGGAGGCCACCGACCCCGUCUUCAGCAUCCUGGACCACGGCGGCCCAGACUCUGCGGCCGCCGCCGACAGCGACGUGGAGCUGAAGUUCCAGCAGAGCCGCCGCCUCCUGCAGCUGAACCAGCGGCUGCAGGAGGCGCGAGGCCGGCUCGCCCAGCAGAGCGAGGAGCUGCGGGAGGCGGGGGAGCGGCUGGAGCGGGACGUGGCCGAGGUCAAAGGUCGGGCGCUGUGACCUCACGGUGCUUGGACUCUCCUCCGACCGGGCAGACGAGACGGGAGGAGGGGCGGGACCGUCUGAUGCUGCGUAACAGGAAGGUCACGGGUUGGAUUCCUGCCCAAGUGUCCUUUAGCCAGAUGCUGAACUCUGCCUGCUCCUGUGGCAGCGCUGGCUGACCUCUGACCCCUGACCUCUAAUCAAACGGCUGCAUGUAGGCGACACAUGAUGCUGACCAGGCUGCACAGAGACUUUGUUGAAAACAGGAAAACCGUCUCCUGUCUGUGUUUCCGUCAGUGGUUUGGACGGUGAACAGGAAACAGUCUGAUAAUUAGGGCUGAUCAAUAUUUGGUUAUCAAGUCAUUAUCUCUAUAUGAACAUGUGUGAUAUUAAAAUCUCAAAGGCAACAACAUGGAUGAUUCUAGACUCAGGGUUAGUUUAGCCUAGAAUCAGCUGUUUCCUGCAUCCAGUUGGUGUUAUUGUUAAAAAACGCUGAGUCAGUGUGAACCCACAGGCGUGUCAGACGUCACAUCGCCGUCGACGUGUUUGGCAUAAAUAUCAGGUUUUUGUUCUUGUCAUGCAGCCCUGUGAUGACGGAGGUGCCACUGAAAAUAAGACAAAUUAUUAUUUAAGAGAAUGAGUGUUUUGCGAAUGUUUUGUUUCAUAUCCCUCCAAUUUAUGAGUUUAAUGAAUUCUUCAUGUGCGUCGUUAUCCACUUUUUGUCUGUAUUUUAGCACUUAGAGCUGGCAGGUCAGGCCACAUCCUAUUUUUUUUAUUAUUAUUAUUUGUUUAAAACACAACUUUCCUCUCCUCUGUGCUUGUAAACCACGCAGCCUCGUUCCGUCAGGCCACUUCCUGUUCCUGUCAGGUUUGGACGCUGCUGAGACGUUUGGAAGCUGAUUGGCUCUGGCAUUCGUAGCUAAACUUGCUGCUUCUCUGCACACACUCACAUCCACAUGACGUGUGUGUGUGUGUGUGUGUGUGUGUUCUAAGGGUUUGUUGGAAACACUCCUGAGUGGGCAGUUAAAAACAGAUGAAUAAAGUUGUGUUUAAAAACGCCGGGAGCCUCGGUGGUGCAGCAGGAAGAGUUUCCAGGCUGAUCCCGACGCUCCGAACCAGCCGAAGUGACUCUGCUGUGCAGGUUUAACAGGCACACAGCGAGUGUGUGGAGUGUGUGUGGAGUGUGUGUGGAGUGUGUGUGGAGUGUGAAACAGGAUCAGCUGCUCCCACAGAAACUGUCCAAAGAUAAUAAAAUGUUCAGAAGCAAACCUGUACACUUGUCUAGUUGUCUUGUUUUUUUGUUUUUCUCCUUUUCUAAUUUUCUGUAGUUAUGUCACUUAUAAAUAUGGAUUUCAUUUAAUGUUGCUGUAAUCUGUUUACCUUCUAUUUUUUUUUAUUGUUCCAUUUAGAUUUUAAUUGUUAUCUGUGGCAGAUUAGCAUCCGCUGCAGACGCUGACAUAUCUGCACUGUCUGGCUGGUUUCAGUUUGUCAGUUUGUUCACUGUAUCAGUCCUGUUAUAUCAACCAUAAAUACAAUAAAUAUUUCCACAGUAUACCAAAUAAUAAACAGUAACAGUGUUGGACAGAUACACAUCUUGCUUUUUGGAACUGAUAUCAUAAAUACCUAUAGCCUGACGAUGAUGAUGAUGAUGAUGAUGAUGAUAUUGGUGCAUUGUUGCUGCAUAUUAAGAUCGCAUUAAUAAUGCCGAGUGCAGCUUGGUGUUGAAGUAAAGAUCACGUGUGUCUGUAUCAUGAACACAACUCCCUCAUGCUGCUGCUCAACAACCAAUGAACUGCCUGCAGUGAAUAAAAAAAAAUAAAAACUCUGC